GCACGUGACUUUUAACGAGCGGCUCAGGCUUAGAAUUUGUCAGUUGCACUUUGCGGUUUGUUCGGGAGUGUCAAAAUACGCAAUUUUACUUAAAUUUGUUCAACAAAAAAUUAGUUUUUUACUGUGGUCCAUGAAAAUGGAGGAGCAAGCUGUAGUGUUGGAGAAGGUGUCAUGGUCUAUAGACAUGAAACAACGAUUCGACGAUGAACUGUGCAAAAUUCGAGUUAAUGCUGCAAAAAACAGUAUUUUCUUAACCGAAACUACUUACCAGAAGUUAAUAAAUGAUGUACAAAAAGCCAAAAUGACUACUAAGAAGGAACCCAGGGACUAUUGGUUGCUGAAUCGCUAUGAUGUGAUGAUUGUAGAAAACAAAAGUAAACUCAUUUAUCCUGUUAAAGAAGGCGUCAGUACUAUACAGUAUUACGUCACGGACUCAGAGUUAUUUCACGUACUUCAUGAAGCUCAUUUGGCUAUUGGACACGGAGGACGUGAUAGAAUGUUGAAAGAACUUUCAAUCAAAUACAAAAAUGUUACACGUCAUGAUAUUGAACUGUACAUCCACCUUUGUGAACCUUGCCAGAAAAAACAGAAAGGUAUUAAAAAGGGCAUUGUUGUGAAACCUAUGAUUUUUUCCGAAUUUAAUUCCCGUUGUCAAGUAGAUCUUAUUGACUUUCAGUCUCAGCCAGAUAGAGAAUACAAAUUUAUUAUGGUGUACCAAGAUCAUCUCACAAAAUUUGUGAUUUUUAAGUCUCUAAUGUCAAAAAGAGCUGAAGAAGUAGCCUAUAACCUAGUGGACAUAUUCUCAUUACUUGGAGCACCAUCUAUAUUACAGUCUGACAAUGAUAGGGAAUUUGCCAAUAAUGUGGUGACCAGCUUGAAGAAGUUUUGGCCAGCACUGAAGAUCGUCCAUGGGAAGCCUCGCCAUUCACAAAGCCAGGGUAGUGUCGAAAGAGCUAAUCAAGAUAUCGAAAAUAUGCUCUGUACUUGGAUGCAGGACAACAAAUCUGACCACUGGAGUGAAGGACUACAUUUCAUUCAAUUUAUGAAAAACAGAGCUUAUCAUUCUGGGAUCAAAAGAACACCAUACGACGCUCUUUUUGGCUGCAAACCUGAAGUAGGGCUUACAUCGUCUUUUCUACCAGAAGAUGUUUUAAAAGACAUAAAUACAGAGGAGAAGCUAGAAAAAGUAAUAGAAAGCAUCAAAACAAUGGAAAAAGAUGAAACUAAUCAGAUUAUGCAAGAAAAAGAGUCAGUUUUAAAAAACAUGAUGAGAUUAUAGUCGUUAAUGGAUUAAACCAACAUGAUGAAGACAUGCUUACCAAAGAGAUUUCCGUUUUUGAUACCUGUUGUGUGUGUUUAAAGGAAACAAGUGAUGCAUUAUCAUGCAAAAAAAUGUUGUCAAAAAAUUCAUACCUUCUGUGGCCAUGCUAGUAAAGAUGAUGAAUUGGAUAUUUUGUGCACCCUUUGUUUCAAAACUGAAAAUGCUAUUGAAGGUAAA